GUUGGGCACAGAUUAACUCGAGCCCUGCCGGGGUGAAGAUCGCUCGGGAUCGACGCGACACACCACCCGCCACCCCAUCGUGGCGUUACCACCCUACCUCGGUUCCUCUCAGUUGUACCCAACAGAGAAGUACGCAUUUCAGAAGUUAGAAAUUCGUGGCCAAUUUCCACCAACAGCGGCGAUGGGUCUGAAUUCAUAAUGGAGGGCGAGCGACGCCAUUGCAGUUUAUCGGAGUAACUUAACCGUUAGGCCUAGCGUGGGGAUCGGCGUGUGCAUGGUGUAAUCGUCAGGCGUGUUCUUCGAUGCAGGACCAGAGCAGACCUUUGCGUUUAAUUUGUUCAUCGUAAAUGCUGUUUUACGUGUGAGACCUCAUUCGAAUUGACCAAAGAUGGGUAGCACGCAACAGUUCUGUUUAAAAUGGAACAACCACCAGUCGAAUAUGCUGUCGAUAUUCGACCAGCUAUUGUCCUCAGAACAUUUUGUUGACGUCACAUUGGCCUGCGAUGGGCUAUCAGUGCGCGCACACAAAAUGGUGCUGUCCGCGUGCAGCCCAUUCUUUCAGAGUCUAUUCAUCCAGAAUCCGUGUGAGCAUCCCAUCGUCAUUCUUAAGGACAUUCGUUUUGUUGACCUCAAAGCCCUGGUACAAUUCAUGUAUCGGGGGGAAGUCAAUGUGAGUCAGGACCAGUUGCCUACCCUUCUCAAGGCCGCUGAAGCUCUCAAAAUCAAAGGUCUCGCCGAGGUGACGAAUGAGUCGGGCAGCCAAAAACCUGGCGUACCUUCAGUACCUCCAGGUUCGGUUGGCGGUCCCCUAGGAGCGUCGCUUGGCGGCGGGCAUACCCACAGCCAUAACGGUCAUCUGGCGAAGUCGGAACAAGCCGCACAGUUGGCGCAGCAACAGCCCUCUGUACAGGCCGCUGCUGCAGUCGCUGCUGCAUCGCCGUUAGCCCAGAGUUUGGCGCCUGCCGCCGCCGCCGCCCAAAACGCGCUCGUCGCCGCAAUGCAACAAACUGCGUUAAAGCAGGCACAGGCGCAACUUGUCCAGGCCGCACAGGCUGCCCAGGCUGCCCAGGAGCGCCAAAACGCCACCUCCCAAUCGCUCUCAGCCGCUAGCAUGGCUAGCCACGAAAGCAACUCAAAUGCGUCCACGCCUCUCCGUCAAACCGACUCGCCGAUGUCACAGCAAAACCGGAAACGGCGCCGAAAAUCGGCCGGUUCCGAGAAGGGCUCGGGAGACGAGGGGUCUGGUGUUGAGAGUGGAGCGGAAGACAACCUUGAUGAGACGCGUGGCGCGUCCGAUGACGAAUCGGCAGGCGAGGAGGCCGAAUUCGAGCCGUCGAAGCUUCUCGAACAGAGCAUGACUGAGGUUCGGCAAGGUGCCGGACACCAGGACAACAACUCUUCGAGCUCGGACAACCUGACGAAGGACGACAUCAAGCCGGCUAUAAACUUUGACGCAGCCACGCCCGGUGCCUUGGCAAGCCUGAACACGCAGGACCCGACAGCUGUGCUGGCCUUCGCGGCCGCCGCACAAGCUGCUCAGGGCGCCUCAGGAGGGGCCGGCGAUUCUGUUGCCGGACCCUCGCAGCCCACUCACGGUAGGUUGUCCCCAUCCGCUUGUUGCUCUGAUACUGCACCCCGGAGCUGGUUUGCAUGCGUGGCUUGGGGAUCGCUGCAGUCAGAGUCGCCUCUGUCUCUCUAAAGAGAAAAGACAAAUCGAACUACUAUUGGGCUCCAUCGGCACACGGUGUCUGACAUGCUAUCCGUCAGACGCACGUGUUCGGUGUCCCUACUUGCUAUCCCCCCCCCCCCCCCCCCUAUCUAUCUAUCUGCAUGCUCUUUCCGCACUUGGUGCAAAUUCGACGAUGGUGAUGCGCGGCGGCUCUCCGUCACGACGGCUCAUCACCCAACACCACUUCGCUAAAAAAGACUUCGACGUCGAAAUUGGCUACCUUCAAUCGUCAUCGUCAUCAUCAGCAUCAACAACGAUCUUCAAACGUAUCUUCAAAAAGCUUCAAAAAAGUACAGUGCCAAGUACGUACGAGGCUCGGGUGUCGUCUACUGCGAACCGACAGGGUCGUGGUAGACACGUCGGGGUCUCACUUUGCUUUUUUUUUUGCAAAAUAUAUCAAAUUAAUAUUUGAUUUAUGCAUAUAUAUUCGAUGGAGCGCAGGAAGGCGAAAAGGUGAGAUAGAGUAGUUGAGAUGGAUGAAUCACUAACCUUUCUAGGAUGAAGAACUAAAAACUUGGCGUCACGAGCCAAAGAUCACACAGGAAUACAUGAAGCGCGAUUUUCGUCGAAUACACGAAGAGGAGACACAUUUAGCGAAGGUAGCAGACUGACCAUAACAUCACCACAGACGAGCACUAGUUAUAUUUAGCGGAAAUAGUAUUAACUACGAACUUAAUAAAACAGACGCGCCGAAAGACGAACACUAGGUCAACCCCCGCCAUUGGCGGAUGAGAUGAUGAAGUCAAGAAGUCAGAGGAUGUUUAAUAAAUUGACUGUGAUAUUUUAUA